AUGGCUCUGGGUCGCACGGUGUUCUCCAAGUCAAUGAUCACAAUACCACCGGAAUUUAGUUCCGAUGAACCCUUGCUGGCGUCAUCAGAAGCACGGAAGGUUGCCACGGACAUUUUAAGGUAAGAAAAUCUUAUUACAGCGUCAUGUAGCAGUUUGUCGGGAAAAUUGCGAGUGUAAUGUCGCUGCGCCAAUCGCGUCGCUGAAGUGAAAAGCAGCAUGAUUUUGAGAAUUCAUUUUCUCGGCGGCGAUGCGAUUUUCGAAGCGACAUUAUGCUCAUACCCCCAGGCAAGGGUGCGAAGGAAAAAAUGGUAGGGGAAGGGAGGCAGUUUUGGUCAGCUACGUACUAUUGGAACAGUUUAGGAAUGCCCAUCGUCUUCUGCUCAGGACGUUUAUGGUUUGCAUAGCGGCGGUAGCACUGUAUUUGGCUCACAAAUUUCUGUUCCAACCCGCAACGAAGGCCCAAAUUGAGGGAGGAAAAGACGCCGCGAGUAUAUACGUUGUCAUGUCAUCGGACACAAAUCUGCAUUACCUGCUCUCAGCACCUUUUGCCGUGCAGUUUUGGCUGAAUAUGAACCUCACGUCGAUUGUGAUGCUCUGCGGAACGGAGGAGGAAUAUCGGAAGAGUAAUGCGACGAAAGAAGCGGUCAGUCAGCUGCAGAGAUUGGGGGUACGGAGCCGUUUGCGAUUGAUGAGCCUGUAAAGAGCUAGCAGUCUUGUAUAUGUCAUAGAAAACAUUGCUCUAAAUGUGCGCCAAGUUUCAUCAGAAUCUGAGCGUCGCACUUUGAGCACUGUAUCCACAAAUGAGAUAUUAUUGAAGAAGGCGCUUGCUGCCCGCUCUGGAGAGUUUAACCUAUGCUUUCAGGCCGUCUUAAUCUUCCUCAAAAACCAAAAACUGAAGUCCAACAACUUUGCGCAAAAUAUUCGAAACUAUGCCGCAGCCACAGACUUUGUUCAGCAGAAUCUAGACAACAGUACCAUCUUGAUGACCUCCGAUGUUGACUAUUUCCCGCUCAGGUUGAAGGAUCAUGUCCCGAAACCAGCUGAAGGGAAAGAAAUUGCCUUCUUCAACCCUCAUUGUUGUGCCGACGUCAUAUGGAAGAAGGAGAGAUUCCCCCAGUACCCGAUGGGAACCAUUGCUAUGACAGUCAAAUGGUGGAAGGAAGUGAUGGGUAAUAUUUUAAGACAAAUGCCGAGCGCUUUAUGAAGAUACUAAUAUCACUACGGCCAAUAAUGAGAUUCAUUUUUCAGAUAUUCACCCAGAAGAUAUUGCGGAUGGUCCAUACAUCGAAGCAAAAACGAACGCGGUGUUUGACAACGAACUCUUUGACCGCCCCCAUGACAAGAGCUAUAUGUGGUUCCUUGAUCAAGCAGUAUUCGGCCUUCAAUUCGGCAGAAUGACGCAACGAAAUAAGGAUUACGCAAAGCUCGUCACAACUCAUAGAGCCCAAAAAAGGCUGGAUCGAAGGUCGGACUGGACGCCGCAGAUUAUUGCGAGCGCCGACCUGGACCAGUACGAUGAUGCGCACAUCAAGCCAGACAUAUACGAUGAUGGCGUAUGGAACAGUACGCGCGAAUUUUAUAAGAAAGUCUUGACUGAAGAGCAGAUGAAACCGUUGGUGGAGUAUCGAAAUCGGGCGUCCAAACUUGUUAACGCCACUUUUGUUGAGCUUAACCAUUAUCAUCCUGGAUAA